AUGCCUUCUACUACUUCAUUCACAGAAAAUAGUAAGGAUGGAUCUUUCAAAAGGCAGGUUUCAUCUUUUAGAGAAAUUAUAAGCAAUUCCCAUCCAAUUUAUAAACCAGAACCAAAUAGAUAUUGGCUAUAUGUUUCAUUAGCGUGUCCAUGGACACAUCGUACAUUAAUUGCUCGCCAUUUGAUGAAAUUGACAUCUAUUAUAGGUGUCAGUGUAGUACACUGGCACUUGGAUGAAAAGGGCUGGAAAUUUACACCUUCAAAUGAUACUUCUAGCACCACUAGUAUCAAUGAGAAGUGUUACUUGCCAACCGGCGAAAUUACUAUUGGUGAAAAAGAUUGGUACAAUUUUUCUAAUUUUGCUGCAAAGCCCGAAAGGUUUGUACAUGGUACCGAUUCUACUGUAGAUCACAUCAACGGUUUUGAAAGGUUAAGUGAAGUUUAUUUUAAGAGCCAGCCUGAAUAUAAAGCUAGGUUUACUGUUCCAGUUUUAUAUGAUACCAAGACUCAAACCAUUGUUAACAAUGAAAGCAGCGAGAUUUUAAGAAUGCUAAGUUCCAACAUAUUUGAACUGAACAAUGUUCCUGACUUGUACCCCGAAAAAUAUAGAUCUGCAAUCGACGAAGUUAACUCCUGGGUUUAUGAUAACAUCAACAAUGGAGUGUAUAAGACGGGCUUCGCUGAAAAUUCAAAGAUUUAUGAGGAGGAAGUGAGAAAUGUUUUUGAACAUCUAGAUAAAGUCGAAGAUAUUUUGAGUGAACAAUAUGAGAAAGUUAACGGCGAUCUAACCAAUUUUUAUUUAGUUGGCGAACACUUGACUGAAGCUGACAUUAGAUUAUAUGUUACGAUUGUUAGAUUUGACCCUGUCUAUGUCCAACAUUUUAAAUGUAACUUCCGUACCAUUAGGGAUGGUUAUCCAAUGAUUAAUUUAUGGUUAAAGAAUUUGUAUUGGAACAAUGCGGCGUUUAAUGAAACAACAGGUUUUAAACAUAUUAAAUGGCAUUACACUAAAUCUCAUAAGAGUAUUAAUAAAUUUGGAAUCACCCCAUUAGGUCCCAUUCCAAAUAUUGAAUCUUAUCAAGAAGGUGACUAG